AACUUCUAACACUAGAGGGUGCUUAGGUAGCUUCUGCUGGCGAAUGCAUCAAUUGAGUGGAAAAGGAUCUCCGUUGGAUUUUUGCUAAAAUUAUGGGAAAAAGGAAAAGAGGGAAUAAAGGAAAAGGGAAAACAGUUAAGGUGCAACAUAACUCUGUUCUGGGAUCUGAUGAUGAAGCUCUCUAUGAUGAUAAACCUGAUGAGGGAAGAUCUGAUUACUAUUAUGAUGAAAUAGAUGAAUUUCAUCAAGAGAAAGAAAAGUUGCUUUUAAAAGAAGAAGAAUGUUUUUCUCCAGAACAUUUUGAAAAUCAAGAGGAAGUUUUAGGUGUGCAAGAUGAUUCAGAUUCUGAAGAUAAAGAUAGUGAAGAUGAUUUGCCAGAUGUUAAGGCAUGGGGAAAGAAGAAGUCAAAAUAUUAUAAUACAGAUUAUGUUGAUAAUGAUUAUUUAGGCUAUAAAGAAGGAGAAGAUGAAAUAGCACAAGCUGAAGAAAAUGAAGUAUUAGCUUUACAGAAAAGACUAGAUGAUGAAAUAGAAGAAAGUGAUUUUGGAAUAGAAUGGUUUGAAAAAAAAGACCAAAUUGAGAAUCAAGAGAGUUCAGAAAAAAUUGGAAUUGAUUUAGAAGCAUUAAGUAAAGAAGAAAAACUUGAGUUUCUUCAGAAAAAUUCUCCCGAGCUUUUUAUUUUUGUAGAAGAUUUUAAGUCAAGGUUGGCAGAAUUAACAGAAAAGCUAGAGCCAGCUUGGACAUUGAUUGAGGAGCAUAAAUUACCAGAAGGAUGUUGGACAGAUUAUGUUGUUACUAAAUACCAGACAAUAUUACAAUAUUGUACAAAUAUAAGUUUCUAUAUGAUGAUAAAAGCCAAGGGAGAACCAAUGUAUAAUCAUCCUGUCAUGUCACGACUUCAUAUCUAUAAAAAGAUGUUAGAGAAAUUAGAUGCAGUUGAGAAACAUUAUUUACCAAUCGUAGAACAACUUAUGAAAGGAGUCGAUAUAAAUUUAAUAAUAGAAAAAGAAGAAUCAUCAUCAAAUAAAGAUGAAAAAAUGGAAGAAAUAAAAACAAUAAAAGAAAGGAAUACUGAGAUACCAAGUGAUAUGGAAGACGAUUUUUGUUUAAAAUCAUCUGGUAGUGAUGAUGAUGAAUCUGAUUAUCCAAAUAAUUCAUUAACAAGUAGUAAUAAAAACAACACUGAAGAAAAGAGAAGUAUCACAUAUGAAAUUGCCAAGAAUAAAGGUUUGACACCACACAGGAAAAAAGAAGUAAGAAAUCCCAGAGUGAGGCAUCGCAAGAAAUACGAAAGAGCAAAAGUUAAAAGAAAAGGACAGUUUCGGGAACCAAUGAAAGAAUUGCAAAGAUAUGGAGGAGAAAUAUCUGGUAUUCGUGCUGGAGUUUGUAAAAGUAUCAAAUUGAAAUAAAUUUUAUUGUUUUGUACAAA